UUUGCUUACUUGAACUACCAUGUGCCUCGGACGAGACGAGAGAUUUUGGACACCCUAAUCAAAGGUCUUCAAAGAUUGGAGUACAGAGGAUAUGAUUCUGCUGGUGUGGGAGUUGAUGGAGGCAAUGACAAAGACUGGGAAGCCAAUGCCUGCAAAAUCCAGCUCAUUAAGAAGAAGGGUAAAGUCAAGGCACUGGAUGAAGAAGUUCACAAACAGCAAGAUAUGGACUUGGAUAUAGAAUUUGAUGUACACCUGGGAAUAGCUCAUACCCGCUGGGCAACGCAUGGAGAACCCAACCCAGUCAAUAGCCAUCCCCAGCGCUCGGAUAAAAAUAACGAAUUUAUUGUUAUUCACAAUGGAAUCAUUACCAACUACAAAGAUUUGAAAAAGUUUUUGGAGAGCAAAGGCUAUGACUUUGAAUCUGAAACAGACACAGAGACAAUUGCCAAGCUUGUUAAGUAUAUGUAUGACAAUCGGGAAAGUCAGGAUACCAGCUUCACUACAUUGGUGGAGAGAGUCAUUCAACAAUUGGAAGGUGCCUUUGCACUUGUAUUUAAAAGUGUUCAUUUUCCAGGGCAAGCAGUUGUAACAAGGAGGGGUAGCCCUCUGUUGAUUGGCGUACGAAGUGAACAUAAGCUCUCAACUGAUCAUAUUCCAAUACUUUACAGAACAGGCAAAGACAAGAAAGGAAGCUGUAAUCUCUCACGUGUUGACAGCACAACUUGCCUUUUCCCCGUUGAAGAAAAAGCAGUUGAGUAUUACUUUGCUUCUGAUGCAAGUGCUGUCAUAGAACACACCAACCGCGUCAUAUUUCUUGAAGAUGAUGACGUUGCAGCGGUGGUAGAUGGCCGUCUUUCUAUCCACCGAAUUAAACGAACUGCGGGAGAUCAUCCCGGACGAGCUGUGCAAACCCUCCAGAUGGAGCUGCAGCAGAUCAUGAAGGGCAACUUCAGUUCUUUUAUGCAGAAGGAAAUUUUUGAGCAGCCAGAGUCAGUUGUGAAUACAAUGAGAGGAAGAGUCAACUUUGAUGACUAUACUGUGAAUUUGGGCGGUUUGAAGGAUCACAUUAAGGAGAUCCAGAGGUGUCGGCGUUUGAUUCUUAUUGCAUGUGGAACAAGUUAUCAUGCUGGUGUAGCAACACGCCAAGUUCUUGAGGAGCUGACUGAGUUGCCUGUGAUGGUGGAACUAGCCAGUGACUUCCUGGAUCGAAAUACACCAGUUUUUCGAGAUGAUGUUUGCUUUUUCAUUAGUCAGUCAGGUGAGACAGCAGAUACCCUGAUGGGUCUUAGGUAUUGUAAGGAGAGAGGAGCUUUAACUGUGGGGAUCACAAAUACAGUUGGCAGCUCUAUAUCAAGAGAGACAGACUGUGGAGUUCACAUUAAUGCAGGUCCUGAGAUUGGUGUGGCCAGUACAAAGGCUUACACCAGCCAGUUUGUGUCCCUUGUGAUGUUCGCCCUCAUGAUGUGUGAUGACAGGAUCUCCAUGCAAGAAAGACGCAAAGAGAUUAUGCUGGGGUUGAAACGGCUGCCUGAUUUGAUUAAGGAAGUGCUGAGCAUGGACGAUGAAAUUCAGAAACUUGCAACAGAGCUUUACCAUCAGAAGUCAGUCUUGAUAAUGGGGCGUGGCUAUCAUUAUGCUACCUGUCUGGAAGGAGCACUAAAAAUCAAAGAAAUCACCUAUAUGCACUCAGAAGGCAUCCUCGCUGGUGAGUUGAAGCAUGGCCCUCUGGCUUUGGUGGAUAAACUGAUGCCUGUCAUCAUGAUCAUCAUGAGAGACCACACUUACGCCAAGUGUCAGAAUGCUCUUCAGCAGGUGGUUGCUCGGCAGGGGCGCCCCGUGGUGAUUUGUGAUAAGGAAGAUACCGAGACCAUUAAGAACACAAAACGAACAAUCAAGGUGCCCCACUCAGUGGACUGCUUGCAGGGCAUUCUCAGCGUGAUCCCCUUACAGCUGCUGGCUUUCCACCUUGCUGUACUGAGAGGCUAUGAUGUUGAUUUCCCACGGAAUCUUGCCAAAUCUGUAACUGUAGAAUAAAGAAUAUCUGAAACUCUAGGCAAUGAAGCAACACGAGACACCUUUUGUAUUUAAAACCUUGAUUUAAAAUAUCACCCUUUUAAGCCUUUUUUAGUAAAAAUUUAUUUAUAUAUCGGUUAUAAUUAUUCCACUCAAUUAGUGGUUUUUGUGAAAAUUACCUCAUAUUUUUCCAGUAAUCUGUAGAGGAGUUUGAAUAAUGGAAUCUAUAUUGGAAUCUGUGUCAAAGAGAUUUUAACUGUUAUUUUUUGUUGAAUUUCUGGGCCCUCUACUUCAUGUGAGAGGGUUGUAUAUUUUAAAACUCAUUGGCAUUUGUUUUACCGUGCCAUGCAGACUAGUGAGAGGGGAGUGUAUGAAAUUGGAAUAUCUAAAGCCACUUGCGGUGUAUCUCAGUGCAUUCGUGGGCAUUUCAUUAAGGUUUUCCUAAAUUAUACAGAAAGAGAAGAUGCUGUGAUUGAUUCUGAAACUUGUUUCUGUUAUGGUUUGAAAUCAAACUGUAAAACUGAAAAAUGGAAAACCUUUCUUGCUGGGGUUUAUAUCUAAACUAGGUUAACCUUAAGUUCUGAAAUGUAGCAUCUAAGAGUCUGUAGGUCAAGCGAGUUUAAGAAGCAAAUGAUUAUAAUAUGGCAUUGGUUUUCCUCAACCCUUAACAAAAUGUAUUUGCACAAAUAUAUAGCACAAACUUUACAUUUGAGUUGCAACAAUAUAAUUUUAAAAUUCAAGUUGGGGUGUGUACAUGUUGGGCAUCGUACACUUUGGUUUUUUUUUUCAUCUCCUAAAAGUGGUUAUUUUUAUUUCCAUGUAUCUGUAGUCUUUUAUUUUUAAGUAGCUGCUGGUUUGUUACUGUUGUUGUUGUUCUUUGAAAUUACAACUGAGAGCUGCUAU